AAGGGAAGGAGGAAGCCGCCAUCUUGUCGUCGCGUCGCCGCCGCCAUAGUCCGGAGCAGACCGACCGACGGAGGAGGAGGAGGCGAGGGGAAGAGGCGCCCAGCGAGAGCGGAGGCCGGCGAGGCGCGGCCCGGCCCGGCGAGGCUAGCGGCGGCGACUGAACUGAGUGACUUUGAAUAGAACUCCAGUUUGCCAGAAGACUUUUUAAAGGAGGAGUUCCGCAGUGCAUCAGCGCAAGUGACUGCUUUACUUCUGAGUGACUUUACAGGUGCUUGCCUGCAUUGCAAUAAGACUCGUAUAUUGAGCAGGACAUUAUUUAUCUCUUCAUCUUGGAGAGCCUAAUAAACUGUUAUUACAGUUUCUGUACUCACUUUCAAAGCUUUGGAGUCAAGAAAGACAUCUUUAUAAAGCAGAACAUGAGUACGGCCAGAACAGAGAACCCUGUUAUAAUGGGUCUCUCCAGUCAAAAUGGACAGUUGAGGGGCCCAGUAAAACCCAGCAGUGGCCCAGGAGGCGGGGGAACACAGGCUCAGCAGCAGAUGAACCAGCUGAAACAUCCCAACACGAUCAACAAUGGCACUCAGCAGCAAGCCCAGGGUAUGCCCUCCACUCUCAAACCUGGCGAUGACUGGAAGAAGACUUUAAAACUCCCUCCAAAAGAUCUGCGGAUCAAAACUUCGGAUGUGACCUCCACUAAAGGAAAUGAGUUUGAAGAUUACUGUCUGAAACGGGAGUUGCUGAUGGGAAUUUUUGAAAUGGGCUGGGAAAAGCCAUCUCCAAUUCAGGAGGAGAGCAUUCCCAUAGCUCUGUCUGGGAGGGACAUCUUGGCAAGAGCAAAGAAUGGAACUGGCAAGAGUGGUGCCUACCUCAUUCCCUUACUUGAACGACUUGACUUAAAAAAGGACAACAUACAAGCAAUGGUGAUCGUCCCCACGCGGGAGCUUGCCCUGCAGGUCAGCCAGAUCUGCAUCCAGGUCAGCAAGCACAUGGGAGGGGCAAAAGUGAUGGCAACCACAGGAGGAACCAACCUGCGUGAUGACAUCAUGAGGCUAGAUGAUACAGUGCAUGUGGUGAUAGCUACACCAGGGAGGAUCCUGGACCUUAUCAAGAAAGGAGUGGCAAAAGUGGACCAUGUCCAGAUGAUUGUUCUCGAUGAGGCAGACAAGUUGUUGUCCCAAGAUUUUGUUCAAAUAAUGGAGGACAUUAUUCUCACGCUACCUAAAAACAGGCAGAUCUUGCUAUACUCAGCCACUUUCCCUCUAAGUGUACAGAAGUUUAUGAAUUCCCACUUGCAGAAACCUUAUGAGAUUAACUUGAUGGAAGAGCUGACACUGAAGGGAGUUACCCAGUACUACGCCUAUGUUACUGAGCGCCAGAAAGUGCAUUGCCUCAACACGUUAUUCUCCAGGCUCCAAAUUAACCAAUCGAUCAUUUUCUGCAACUCUUCCCAACGGGUUGAACUGCUAGCCAAGAAAAUCUCCCAGCUGGGAUAUUCAUGCUUCUACAUUCAUGCAAAGAUGAGGCAGGAGCACCGCAAUCGAGUGUUCCAUGAUUUCCGGAAUGGCUUAUGCCGCAAUCUUGUUUGCACUGAUCUGUUUACCCGAGGUAUUGAUAUCCAAGCUGUGAAUGUUGUGAUAAACUUUGAUUUUCCAAAGCUGGCAGAGACUUAUCUCCACCGUAUUGGCAGGUCAGGUCGAUUUGGCCAUCUCGGCCUCGCCAUCAACUUGAUCACCUAUGAUGAUCGAUUCAACCUGAAAAGUAUUGAAGAGCAGCUGGGGACAGAAAUCAAACCCAUUCCCAGCAACAUUGACAAGAGCCUGUAUGUGGCGGAAUACCACAGUGAGCCUGUCGAGGAGGAGAAACCUUAACUGCUGCGCUUUGCUCAAGCACAGAAGCUAAAGCCCAUUGAUCCGGAUAUGUGACACGUUGUUUCUUUGGGGAUGCCCUUCUCUUUAUGGGUUUUUCAUCUUUUCAUUUUGGAUAUGUGAAGAUUAAAGAGCUUUUUUUUUCCCUUUUAAAAAAUUCUGGCUGUGAGGAAGAAAGCAGAAGAUAGGAAGGAAAUACUUUUUUUGUUUUCCCACUUGUUUGCACUGUGUGCUGACUGAAAUUAGUUGCACUAACUGCUGGUUUUAAUUUCUUUCUUUGUGGAGAAGAAGAACUCUGAAAAGAGGAGACUCCCAAACACAAGCUUGACUGCAGUUUCCAGUUCCCCUCCAGCCGCCUGACUGAGUGCAUUUCAACUUCUCCCUGGCUCCUCACCUGUCUUUAAGCGAAAGAGCUUGUUCCUUAUUUGUGCAAAGUGCCUUAUGCUACGAGACCCUUCAGAACAUCACCUUCAGACAGCCCACGGAGUCAUUUGGGUUCUGGUCACAGUUUCUCCCACCUCCCCUCCUUUCCUUCUUCCCCCUUCAAACAAGCUGGGCUGGGAUGUAACACUUGUCAGUAAUACUUUUUUGUUUAACCUUUUUUAAAAAAAAAAAUCAAAUGGAGGAGUUGAGAUGCAGUUGCAGUUCACCCACCUUGUAAAUACGUGUAUUUAAACAAAAAGAAACCUGGAACAUCUGGGUUGAUUCAGUGCGACAUCAGCACUCCAGGAGGAAAGCGCCACUUGCUCCCCACCUGCCGCAGGAACCCGUGACAAGCUCUUGUGCUCUAGCAGAACACUACAGUGACUGGUUUCCCUGAGUUGCUGCUGGUGGUUACAGCACUUGCUAGGUUGACUUGGUUCAGAGCCACGGCAGUCUUUCUUCUCUGAAGUGUGUUCCACGGAAUAUUGGAUGUGUAUACUUGUAUAGACUCUGUAAAUAUGUGUUCUUUUCUGUUAUGGGUUCAUAUAACUUUUUCCUUUUUUUCCUUUGAAGUUUGCUGGGGUUAAAGGGAUUACAGGUAGAUCUUGACAGCAGCUACAGGUGAGAGGGGCUCAGUUUUCUGCAACACUAUGAAGUGCCAAGUGCUGCAAUUUUGGCCUCUGAGGAGGUGACACUUUCUCUAGCACUUGCAACUCUUGGAAAGGGAUCCAGGUGUGGGGUAGAAGUGUGAGCAAGCCCUUUGAGUUCUCUCCCCCCCCCCACCCCCCAAUCUCCUCCACAGUGGUGGCAUGCAUUUCAGGAGACAAAGACCUGCUUGCCAUAGUCAAGGCAGAGUGUCACAUGCACAACAUGGAAAUGGUGCUAAAAAGAACCAGAACCACUGGCAUGACCUGCCCGUUCUCAAGUUCUCUUGACUUGGGUUGCCUCUGUCCCUUGUUUGCUCCUUUGUCCCAAACCUGUCUAUUUGUAGCGGCUUGAACAGGUCAGGGCAAGGCCCCCUACCCCCUCAAACUGUUUACUGACCUGUUGGUCUUGUAUACGACUGGCAAGUGCUUUAGAUCCAAGUAGUGUUGCUUCAAAUUGUGCCCCUCCCAACAUGCUUGAUGUUUGGCCUGAUCUACAGGCAAAAGAAAUGAGAAAAAUCAACCCGUAAACUUCUUAAGAAUCCCGCCCCCGCCCCGCAACAGGCUGCCAGGAGGCACCUGGAGUCGAGUGCAGGGCCGCUCUGCUUGGGCGCUCUGCAGUCUGACGUGGUAUCUGCAGUGCCACACUUUCUUGCCCUGAGAAUUCCCCUGAUUCACCUUCCAUUGACAACUGAGAGCCGCCACUCCAGUGUGCACCACCCGUUUCCUGGCGAUCUGUGCUGGAACCACGUGCCUCCUGGCAGCCCCAUUCGGAGAGAAAAUGUUUGCCCAACUCCAGAGUAGCGUAGCCAAAGCUGCACUUCAAUCCAGCCCAGCUGCUGAGGACCUUCCUGGGGCUGCAACAGGCAGGCUCUGUGUGCGUCGGGGGGGGGGGUGGGGGUCGGGGGGGGGCAAGGGUUAGAUGGGAAAUUCUGACCAAAAGCAAAAUCUUGCUUCUCUUCUGCAGCCAGUUUGUCGUCCCAGCAGCAGGGUGUCAGAGAGAGGGUCUUUUGGUGCAGAGGGACGUGUGCGGACGUGUUGGAUCUUGUGAACACGCACACCUGAUGCUGAUGCCCUGUGCCAUGAGUGGGGGGUGGGCUGCUGUGCCCCACGCUGCUCUUGAAGCACAGCAUUUUUAAGUCGGAAGUAGUAUUACUUUAAACAGGGCCUCCUAGAAGAGGGAGUGGCUCUGGCAUAGAUUCUUGAGCUUUGCUUUCAGGUGGCUUUUUUGGGUCAGGAAGCCACCUGGUGCUCGCUAGUCGCCCUCUCUCUCUCUAGGGCAUAGAAGGACUUGUAAAUGGAAAGAUGCUCCAGAUGAUGACUAGGUAGACCCUGGUCUUUUUUUUUCUCCCGUCUAAAAAUAGAUCCUAAGGAUGUUGUAUGUGAAGGUAACUUGGCUGCCAUCUUCAUGGGCUGCAGCAGUCGAGAGCAAUCUCUUGGGUGUGCUGUGGCAUUCCCAAGGAAGCAGUUGUGCAGGUGCCUUGUGGCUGGCUUCACCCCUCGAGGCCUUGGAGCUGGGGAGGGGGCAAGCCAGCCUUGAGCUCCAUGCCUCGGUGUGCUCUUCCCAAAAGAUGCCACACUUGCCAACGGAGGGGGGGGGGAGGGGUGGUCUUACUUGGCGCUUUUAAUUUAUUCAGAAUGAGAUGGGAGCAUCUUUUCCUCUGCCCCUCUGGCCUUUGUGUCAGGAGCUGGGUAAGAUCUUGGAUGGGACACAAGGGCCGAGGUGUUAACAUCUGACAUCUCAUUCUGAUUUUCUUUUAGGGGUGGGUCUGCCUGCACAGGAGCUGCUGAUAAUCUGCCAGCUAAGGGAGAUGCUGUGUGGCAGAUGUGCGCCACAACCCUUGUCUUGCCUUUGGGGGCACAUCUGUUGCCAGCAGUAGGCUGACCUGUGCUGCUGGUGCCGAGAGUGCCACUGUCGGGGGUACAAAAGGAACGCUGCUCAUGGGGCAAAACUGCCUUCUCCAUCCUGGCAGUUUCAGAAGAUCAAGACAACGGUGCUUGCAGUGCCAUCUCUCUCUGUGAUCUCGGGGUUGGGAAGGUGGCCGAACCCGCCCCCCCCCGCCCCCUUUGGCAGCAUUCUAGGAUCCUGUGCAGGCAGCUGGGGGUGGGGCGGGGGGGGUGGGGGGGCGAAUAUACCAAGAUACAGCCUGCUGUAUUUUAACCAGGAACUGGGGGGGGGGGGAGGAGAAUCUGGAAAAAAGUCACUAUUCCCUUUAUUAAAACUGGAAAAUUGGGGUGGGGGGAAGGGAUGUUUGUGUUCAGUUUAAGCAACAUGGUGUUUUCAUUGGUCCUCAAUCCAGGCUAUGUUCGCUGUGAUGAACAGGGGGGACUAGAAUUGGAAAGGGGUGGGGUGGGGUGGGAGGGAGAAUGAACUUUAUUUUGGAAACUAGUAAUUGGCAAAUGUCCACUUGAGCUCAGGUUUUGGUUCAGUGUGUGUUUCUGUACACAAAUAUAUGGUGAAAUGCUGAUGGUAAUGGUGCUGGAAAGCAAAAGUGCUGAAUGGUAAAAUCCAGGCUUAUUUUAAAGAAGAGAAUGAGCUCAAUAAAAAUUCACUGGGACUUGAA